CGCACCUCACUAUUCAAGGCAAGGUAAUUCCACUCACACAAGAUCCGCGAGACCAAGGCAUGUGCACACUCGACAUCACGUUCGAGCAGAACGUCCAGCCAUCUGGCACAAGAUCUCUCGUGCCCCACCAGAAGCAGUCACAGACCCACACGGCGAACGCCGUCUGCUUUACGCUUGUGAACGCGGACACCUGGCACAGGAGGCUUGGACAUCUCAAUGCUCGGAUCCUGGACAUCCUUCGGAAGGACACGGGUACCGGGGUGGACUAUCGCGACNCACUCGACAUCACGUUCGAGCAGAACGUCCAGCCAUCUGGCACAAGAUCUCUCGUGCCCCACCAGAAGCAGUCACAGACCCACACGGCGAACGCCGUCUGCUUUACGCUUGUGAACGCGGACACCUGGCACAGGAGGCUUGGACAUCUCAAUGCUCGGAUCCUGGACAUCCUUCGGAAGGACACGGGGUGCUUCCCGUACGCGUGCAAGACCACCGACGACCACACGAAAAUGAAAGAAGUGUACCUGCUUCGCAAGAAGUCUGACACGACCGAGGCGGUGCACACGUACAACAUGUGCGUCGCAGCGGCAGGAGGCUACCGGAUCGAGACCAUCCGCUGCGACAAGGGAGGCGAGAACACCGGAUCCGAAUUUCGAGACUACUGCAAGAAUUCAGCUAUCAAGCUCGAAUACGCCGCCAUCAACACCCCUCAACAACUUGGUGUAUCGGAACGGGACGGACAAACCCUGGCCGGAGUCACCCGGUGGCUUCUGAAGGAUGGAGAUUUUUCGCCGUCCACGUGUGGGGAGUUAAUGCUGACUGCAGCAUACCUGUUGAACAGGUCCCCACACUCAGCACUGGGGGGAGCUACGCCAUACUCGAAGUUGCGCAAUAAGUCAUCUGAUCUCUCGGGACCUCAGGUCAUUGGAGCGCACGCCUUCGUACGCCACGAGCGAUACCGAAAGAAGCUGGACGACAGAGCUUUCGAAGGCAAGCAAUGUGGUUUCGGCCUCCACAGCCAGACCUACCGCGUAUUCAAUGCAUCCAACGGGGCCGUGGUCGAGAGCCGGUCUCCACCCCGAUUUGUGCCAUUCCAGCAUUCCACUGAAGCAAACGGGUACGAGAGCGACGUGCUGAGCUUCAUCUCCCUGCUGAACAGCCCCCACUCGACGAGCGACCUGGACUUCACGGCGCAGAACGAAAUCCUUCGGCAAGAAGUUCGGAAGAUGCCGGAAGACAAUCUCGCUCGGGAGGAGCUUCGCCUAGAACUGGAUGGGAACGAGGACGAACAUGGAAACGGGCAAGAUCUCAGCGACGGGGACGCCCCAUCACCGCAUCUCUCAUCGACGCCAGCUGGGCCGUCAUCCGGAACCCACGCAUCUAGCCCCAGCCCAUCAUCGUCGAACCCGUCUGAACCGGACACUUCUGCAUCAACUGGAUCCUUCGGCAUGCGGCGGCUGCAAGUCACCAGAGCUAGCACGCGCAGGAAGCCCACCAGCGACGAUCACUUCGACGUUAACUUGGUUCCUGCCGAUCUGCAAGUCACAAUGAACGACCGCGGUCGAGCCCAUGCUGCAACGGGCCGCGUGAAGUCAUCUGGUCUUUCCUUCACUCAGCUGGCUGAGAUAACCGAUCAAGCCUAGCUCCCAUGCCCUGGCGAUACUGAGGAUUUCGCCCACGUGGCGGAAGACCCCUUCACGGUGCCGCGUGUCACGCCUACGUCACGGCCACUCACUACCACCACGGGAUCUUGGAGGAGACGAAUCAAGCGAUCGAAAUCCCCAACACCUACGACGAAGCCAUGAACUCUCCCCAGCGCGAAGAAUGGAAAGGAGCGUGCAGCAAGGAAAUGGGCAAUCUGCGGAAACACAACGUCUACAAAGUAGUGCCCCUCGGUAGCGUUCCCAAGGGAGAGAAUAUUCUCGCAACGAAAUUCGCCUUCAAGAAGAAGCUGGACGGACGCUUCAAAGCUCGCCAGGUAGUCGGAGGACAUCGUCAAGAGCCAGGACAGGAUUACGGAUGAAGCUACGCCCCAGU